AUGGAUAGUCCGUUCUUCCCAACCAACCGCUGGUACCAGCAACCCGACCCGACUUACCGUCCAUUUCCCCCUUCCGUUCGCGGCGUACCCGUUUACCACGAGGAUCACCGGCCGGCGGAGAGGGCCUCAGGCCCGAGAGUUGUUCGGAUUCCCGUUCAAUUUGUAGGAUCCGAGCGAUUAGACCGGACGGGGUCGGCCGUGAAGAUUCAGAAGGUUUUCAGGGGCUUUUUGGUCAGGAAGAGUCUGAGGAAGAUCAAGGAUAUCAAAAUCGAGGUGGAUGAAAUCGAGGCGAGGCUGAAGAGAGGCGAAGUUGUCGAACUGGUGAAGAGGGAUGCCAAGGAGCGGUUGAGGAUGAACGAGAGUCUGAUGGCCCUGUUGCUCAAGCUUGAUUCGAUCUGCGGCGUGGAUUUCGGGGUCAGGGGGUGCCGGAAGGCUGUGAUUCGUAAGGCGAUCGCUUUACAAGAGAGGAUCGACGCCAUCGUCGCCGCUGAUUUGGAUGCGGAGGAGAAGGGCGAAAUUGUUGAUCUGGAGAAUGAAGCUAGGGUUACCGAGGAGAAUUGUGUACCUACUGUGGAUUUGGAGGAUUCGAGGGGUAUGGAAGUGGAGGGGGGCGAAGAUGAAGUUGGGAUUGUGGACGUUGGGGUUGAUUGUGAGGUGAAGGUAAGUGAAGCAAAUGGUGGUGCUGAAAAUCAUGAUUUUGAAAAGUGGAGUGAUGGGAGGGAGAAGGAGAAGGAUGAGGGAAAUGGUAAGACGGAGCGAGAGUUGUUGGAGCAGAUGAUGAAAGAGAACGAGAAGAUGAUGAGGAUGAUGAGUGGGUUGUUUGAGAGGAGUGAGACGCAGACGAGGAUGCUGAACGCGUUGACUCACCGCGUUGAGAUGCUGGAGAAAGCGUUCGUGUGUGAUAGGUUGAGGAAGAAGAAGAAGAAGGCCACGCCAUUGCCAUGUAGAGAGAAUUAG